ACGUUGGGGUUGGGAGUGGGGACUGGAGGACGUAACCCCGUGGCUGCUGGAGCCGGUGCAGAUGGAGGCAAAGUUACCCUGAUUUGAAAAGCUGGGAUGAAAAACUUCCAAGCUGCUCCUGAUUCCUACAGGAUCACAUGUUGAAUGGUGUAAACAGCUUAUAGCUGCUACAAUUUCUAGUCAGAUUUCAGGUUCAGUGACAUCAGAAAAUGUAUCCAGAGACUACAAGGUUUUCAGGAGGCCUGAUAUAAGGGCUCUAAGAGAUGGAAAUAAGCUGGCACAGAUGGAAGAAACGCCACUGUUUCCAGGAGAAUCCAUCAAGGCCACUGUGAAAGACGUCAUGUACAUCUGCCCAUUUAUGGGAGCAGUGAGUGGAACCCUGACGGUGACGGACUUCAAGAUGUACUUCAAAAAUGUAGAGAGGGACCCGAAUUUUGUCCUUGAUGUUCCCCUUGGCGUGAUCAGCAGAGUUGAGAAGAUUGGAGCGCAGAGCCACGGGGACAAUUCCUGUGGUAUAGAGAUCGUGUGCAAGGAUAUGAGGAACUUGCGACUUGCUUAUAAGCAGGAAGAACAGAGUAAACUUGGGAUAUUUGAAAACCUCAACAAACUUGCAUUUCCUCUUUCCAAUGGGCAGACACUCUUUGCAUUCAACUACAAAGAAAAAUUUCCUAUGAAUGGGUGGAAAGUUUAUGAUCCUGUAUCUGAAUAUAAGAGACAGGGCUUGCCAAAUGAGAGCUGGAAAAUAUCCAAAGUGAACAGUAACUAUGAGCUCUGUGAUACCUACCCUGCUGUCAUUGUUGUGCCAACUAGUGUGAAAGAUGAUGACCUUUCAAAAGUGUCAGCCUUUCGAGCAAAAGGCAGAGUCCCGGUGUUAUCGUGGAUUCAUCCAGAAAGUCAGGCAACAAUUACCCGUUGCAGCCAGCCACUUGUGGGUCCCAAUGAUAAACGCUGCAAAGAAGAUGAAAAAUACUUGCAAACGAUAAUGGAUGCGAAUGCACAGUCUCACAAACUUAUCAUCUUCGAUGCCCGACAAAACAGUGUUGCUGAUACCAACAAGGCCAAGGGUGGAGGGUACGAAAGUGAAAGUGCUUACCCCAACGCGGAGCUCGUGUUCUUAGAGAUCCACAACAUCCACGUGAUGCGAGAGUCCCUGCGCAAAUUGAAAGAGAUUGUGUACCCUUCGAUUGAUGAGGCGCGGUGGCUCUCCAACGUGGAUGGGACGCACUGGCUGGAGUAUAUAAGGAUGCUUCUUGCUGGGGCAGUGAGGAUUGCUGAUAAGAUAGAAUCUGGGAAGACUUCGGUCGUGGUGCACUGCAGUGAUGGUUGGGACCGAACAGCCCAGCUGACGUCUCUGGCUAUGCUGAUGUUGGACAGUUACUACCGCACCAUUAAAGGGUUCGAGGCUCUCAUAGAAAAGGAGUGGAUAAGCUUUGGACAUAGGUUUGCACUGAGAGUGGGCCAUGGCAAUGACAACCACGCAGAUGCUGAUCGAUCUCCUAUAUUUCUUCAGUUUAUUGAUUGUGUUUGGCAAAUGACAAGACAGUUUCCUUCAGCGUUCGAGUUUAAUGAGCUAUUCUUGAUCACGAUUUUGGAUCACCUAUAUAGCUGUCUCUUUGGGACUUUUUUGUGCAACUGUGAACAGCAGCGAUUCAAAGAGGAUGUAUAUACAAAGACUAUAUCUUUAUGGUCAUAUGUCAAUAGCCAGCUUGAAGAAUUUUCUAAUCCGUUCUUUGUGAAUUAUGAAAACCACGUCUUAUAUCCCGUUGCUAGUCUGAGUCAUUUGGAACUAUGGGUAAACUAUUAUGUGCGGUGGAACCCACGAAUGAGGCCUCAGAUGCCCAUUCACCAGAAUCUCAAGGAGCUGCUGGCCAUCAAGGCAGAGCUGCAGAAGCGCGUGGAGGACCUGCAGCGGGAGGUGGCCACGCGCGCCUCGUCCUCAUCCGAGCGGGGCUCGUCACCGUCCCACUCGGUCACCCCCGUCCACACCUCCGUCUGAGGGGCUCCAGAGGGCAGCACUCACGGUGACUCCGGCCGGCCAGGACCUGCUCGGCAGCUCGGGCACGGGACGGUAGCUUGUAAUCUUGUCUUUUAGGCCCAAAUGUCCUCCCACUCUGGAUGGCACUUCCCACCAGUGACCAUUGUGUGGCUAGUGACCACUCCCACUGUCAAGUGUUUUUUGUCCCGUGAACCGUUUCCGUCCAGCGCACGCUUUCCUGCGGUGGCCGCCGCGCUGGGCCCGGGAGCGACACGGGAGCACGGAGCGCAGGGCUUAGGGUUAAGGGGGGCCCGCUCCAUUGCUUUCCGAGGUAAGCCCUUCAUUUUCAGACACACUCCAUUCACUCACAGACCGCGUGCCAGCCACGUGGCUGCUUUCGACUCUUCGCUACACCUCGAAGGCCGUUUUAAACGCGGGCGUCGGGGCGCCCCGCUGUUGCCGCCAGGGCUCCAGUGCUGUCUGCGCCUGGGCCUCCUGCACCGGUUACUGUCGUGUACAUAGAAGGUAUUUUUAAACAAGAGAAACAUGCCUUUAUUUUCCUAUGUCCUUUUUUAUGUUUAGACUAGUCAGUCACCCCGGGAGGUCUCUGCUCAACUGGCCUGGGUGAGACAUUCUUUUCAAACAAAGAGCAUGCCAGUUCCCCGUGGUACAUCUGGAGUGUGGCCCAGUGCCCCACCCUCCCCUGACACUGGUGCUUGCCUCCCGAGGGGGCCUCUCCCCAGCCGCCGCGUCCCCUCCCUGCUGCCCGCUGUUCGAACCCGAGUGAAUCCGCCUUCCCCUCUGAGCUGCCUGGUCGCAAGGUUUCUCAUUUCCCGGACCCCCCUCCAGCUCCGUUCCCCGGCUGCCAAACAGCUCCCUACCUUUCUCCUCCUGGGGCCAGGGCCACGGCGGGCUGUGCCACCCUCCCCUGCCCGCGGGCCCCCCCCCACCCCUUUCCGAUCGACAAGCAGCACAACAGCCCCUUUUCCUCUGUGUGUACCUAGCACACAACCGUUUCUAACACAACUUGAAGUAUACUGUUACCUAAGCAAUUCUUCUUUUUAUUUAAGUAUACUAGAAUGUAAAACAUUCAUGGUUCAGAUUUUUAAAAACUGGUAUAGUAUCGUAUUUGCCUCACCUGAUACACUGUAUUUCAACCUGUAAUUAAAAUAAUAUGUUUGCUCUGUGGC